AGCUUGCCUCAACCGACCAAUUUGUGUGCAUCAUUUCUGUCAUUUUGAUAUGAAGUAGUUUGCAUUCAUUUGGUAAAGUUAAUGCAAUAAAAUUGUAGAAAUUAAUGCAUUCUUCAAACGGUCAAGCUCUCCUCGUGAAAUAGGCAUCCCCCGAAAAUUAGCCAUUAUGGAUGUUUUUUUAAUGAUACGGCGAAAAAAGCUUACUAUUUUCACCGACGCCAAGGACAACACCACCGUUUUAGAACUAAAGAAGAUAAUUGAAGGAAUACUAAAAAUACCGCCCCAGAACCAGCAGCUGUUUAACAAAGACAAUAGGAUAAUGGAAGACAGUAACACAUUGCAAGAUUACGGACUAAAUUCAAACACCGCUAAAGCUCAGAGCCCGGCCACUAUUGGCCUUGCCAUUAGGGAUGAUGGUGGUGCAUUUGAAGCCCUCGACUUGGUACCAUAUUCCUCACCUCCAGAUCUGCCGGAUGUUAUGAAGUCUCAGGAAAGCAAUGGCCAGGACCAGUCCUCUUAAUUUGGAAUCACAAUCGAUUUGACCUUUCAAUGUUUCAUAUUAUUAUUAACCUGAAGUGCUUAUUUUAUAAUAAUUCAUACUUAAUCAAGGAAGAGACCUUGUGGGCUACAGCUAACUCUACGGUUGCCGACAACCAUUUUUCUGAAUCAUAAAUUAAUAUUUACCAUAAUGAGACAUGUAUAUAUAUAGCAGUGUGGUAGCAGUGUCUGCGUUGCAUUAGUUAAUUUUUAACUUGGAUUUGUCAGGUUUAGAAUCAAGCUCAUAAAUUUUUAAGUUAUCGCCAUAGACUGUUUCUUGAAAUGUCGAUAGUUAUAGCGGAAAUUAUUUAUUGUCUUGAUUCCUAAAUAAAAUAUUUUUAAUUUC